AGGCAAAUUAAGUGGCGUAAAAUAAAGUGACAAUUACCAUUGACAUACCAUACCAAUCAAACUAUUUAGUAUACCGAUAUUCGAUAUACCGAAAAUUUGGUACGGUAAUGAUACUAAAUUUUACCGUACCAAAUAUUUAGUAUGAUAAUUGGUAUAAAGAUUUUGGUACGGUAAUGAACCAAAACCACCCCUAGUUUUAACUGCUCUUCCCAUCGAACGAUUCGGGUUUGAAGGAAAGCAUGCUUCGAUUAUUCAAAAAAUGUAAAUAAGUUUCCUAAUCUCAAGGGUAAAUACCACGUUACCCUUGUCCCCACACUAAACCCUCAUCGAAUUUCCUUUAGUUUACUCUCUCAGGCCUCCUGAUUUCCCCAAAAAUGGUUCAAACCCUAGUCCGAGCAAUUGCCGUGGCCGCCGCAGCCGCCACCGCCGCCACCACCGCAACAUCUCGCCACCUCACAAUCUCUCUCCUCAUACCCAAACGCCUCUUCUUGACAUCCAAACUUGCCAACCCUCCCUCCAUCCCAUCCCUCAUGCUGGGCCGCCGAUCCCUCGCCCCGCCCACCCACGAUGUCCGAUUCCCUACGGCCACCACCAGGUACACUCCGAUCUGUUGCGGGGUCAAAUCAUGUUCGAAAUUUGGCCGUCCACCAGAAGAGAUGGAAUUGAUCCUCCAAGGUUGGGAUUACUGGUGGAUCGUCAUGGAGAAGCCCGGCGUUGAGUGUGAUCCAAUCGAUUACUAUGCAGAGACCCUGGUUAAAGUCGUUGGUGUGAGUCUGGAAGUAGCAAAGAAGAAGAUAUAUAAGGUGUAUUACGGCUGGAGCUCCGGUUUUUUUUGUAAGAUUGAUGAGCUGACGGCACGUAAGUUUGAAGGCUUGCCCGGUGUUCUUGGAACUUUCCCGGAUCCGGAUAUGGCCGACGAUUGAUCCGACCCUUUUUGGCUAUUCGGCGGAUAAUAAAAAGAUAAUUCCAAGCUAACAAGAUUUCUCGUUUUACGAAAAUCGGGAGGAAAAGGGUUAUUGCAAUAGCUCUUUCGUAUGGUGAUGAAGAUCAAAUGCUUUAAGGCAUAAGCAUAUUAGGAUGGCUAAACCAUGAUUUUGUUUCGUAUCAUUUGGGCAAAGUUAUUCUCUAGUUACUGUAGUUUCAAUUGUCAAGAUUUAAGUCUUUGACUAAAUUAUUUUAUAACAACAACAAACAAAGCUUUAUUCUAUUAAGUUAAGUGACAUCGACCGAUGAAUCUAGAACGUUACUGUGCUCGGUUUUGCGCGAA